AUGAUGAACCCGCAAAGUAAGUCGACGGCUUUGUCCGUCGACUUAAAUAAUUUCAUUUAUGGCGUUUCAAGGAGAAACGCACAGAACGCACCAGAGUUGACGAGAACUGGGCUUAAUUUACUCAAGAACUUCCCAGCGGCUCGAGAUGCUGUGUUGGAAUACUUCGCUAUGGUCUUCCACGAUGCGGUCACCGUUUCUAUCAGUCAGACGGAUUACGAGGCUGAUCUUGCUGCAAACGGUGCCUUGGAGAGUGUGAGCAUCAUUGGGCCGGAGUUGUGCAACUUGGGGCAGUCAUGGGCACCGUUUAUAGCUCCAUGGUGCAUCAGUCUGAUCAUGGAUAUUGCUACAAAGAAGGCUAAUAUUCCAAAUACAACUCUACAAAGUGCUGAUCCUGUUAGAAUUCUAUUGGACAUCACCACACAAAAUUUAACUUUACUAAACUCUGAAGAGAGGGCAAAAUGUAUUGACAUGAUGUUGGGUUCCUGGGCGUGUUCAUGGGCUGUAGGAUGGGUGGGUCGUGCGGAGCCGGCUCUAGUAGCGCCUCGAGCGCUGCAGUUGGGCGCGGACGCCGCUAGAGCAGUUUUGGCACACCUGGCACAUCAUCCGCCGGCGACUCAUCACGUGCGAGUCGCAGUUUUAGAUCUGUUUCAUGAAGCGCUCAGGGAAGACAGUAAGCCAGAAAAGAAGCGAGAUGUAAUACCUUACCUGCUGAACUUGGCAUCGAAGUCUGAUAUUGUUCUCAAAGCUCUCACUCAGGAUAUUGAACAAACAUUGACGGACGAGGUGAUGGAGCGUCUGUGCUCGCUGUGCGCGUCGCAGCGGUCGAGCGCGUCGUGGGCGGACACGUCGGCGGGCGCGCUGGUGGCGCUGUUGUUGCGCGCCGACGUGCGCUGUCUGCUCCUACUGCUGAGGCACGCACUCUCCAACCUGUUCUGUCGGCAACUGCUUGAAUACCUACUGCAGAAAUUAGAAUUUGAAUGUUUGUUCCACGACAAAAACAUUCCAUUACUAACGAGUGCUGCUGAAGAAAUCAAUAUUGUUAGAGAUAAACUGCUUGAUGGGAAUCAGCUGGAAAAGUAUUCGCUAGCGAGAAUACUUAUUUUAGUCAGUUACAACCUCCCUUCAGAGUUUGUGAGCACAAUCAGUUAUUUACUGCAGUAUUCCCGAGAUGAUUCAACCUUAGCCCUUCUUGUGAGGAUCAUCUCUGGCACCAUCACUAUGCAUGUGCCUAACGACAGUCCGGAUAUUAGUAUGGAUACUGAAAGGUAUCAGAAUUUCGUAAAGACAGGAGUGGAGUACGCUCUGAGGGACGCCAUGUUGUCUGACACUGAGAUCAAGAUGUGCUUCCUUGACGGUUCCGUGCCCAAGGACCAGAAGACAUAUUUACAUCAUUUCUGUUUGAAUAUCAUCAAGUUGUUGAGAUGGGAAAAUUCGAACCGCGUCCCCCACUUACGGACCCGUCCGAUCGGUCGCGCGGUGGAAGCGAACUUGUACCGCAUUGGCGGCGCCUUGCAGGAGUAUACUUCCUUGAUGAGGAUCAGGAAGGAGGGCACCAUGGCUUACUUGGAUGAAAUGCCUACAUGCCAUGCUUUGGCUGAGGUUUUGGACCGAGUAGACAUGACAGGAACUAAAGCCCCGCCGCCGAGCGUAGAAGUUAUUCUGAAAGUGGUACAGGCUACCGUCAAAUAUUUCUUCAGGUGUUUGCAUUUAAAAGAGACGAUGGAAAAACUUCGUGGCGUAGCGACAGCUUGUCGUUUACUUCGCAAGCUGUGCGUACAGAGUAAGUUGGCGCGGGCGGCCGCGCUCAGGGAACUGUUGGAGAGCGCCAUGUUCAGGGACGACGCAGCGUUCGGGAGCCGACCCAUACAACCUGCACACUAUGAUCAUCAUCCACACAAUGAUCUACUCAUACAUCUUAAUCAGAAACAUGGUCCAAUAACACAGCUCACUCAAAGCCACACGUCAGUUUUCCACGCGGGUAUAAUCGGAAAAGGCGUGAGGAAACCAAACGCAUCAGACUCCAACGACAUUCCGCCAAUACUGACCACAAACAACGAAUUGCUCAUGGGGGCGCUCACCUCCUGCAUGGUAAGUGAUGGUAACAGUGGCUUAGUCGAAGGAGCCACGUCCGUAUCUUUGUUACUAGUGGAGCUGGUGUCUCCAGAUGUCAUGUACAACGGUCUUCCUUGGCCCGAUGAAGAUUUUACCAAGCAAGUAAGCAUAGAACGUGAGCUGUACAUGCGCGGUGCGUUAGAGAGCUGCGCAGUGGCUCGCGCGGCGCUGCGUCGUGCGGCGGCCGCGCGGCCCGCGCUGUGUCUCGCGUCAGCGUUACUGCGGGCCACUGCUGCUACGUUGCUACAUCGACUCCGAGCUUAUCUUGAUCGACACACACAGUCGGCAGAGAUGGCGAAGGAACGUGCUGCACUUACGGAAUUACUGUCUACAAUGACACUAGGACAACUGUUACCUCAUCCACUCAGUCAUAUGCUCGAGCUGGCACCCGAGCUUACGGCUAGCGAGAUAGUGCAAGUUCUCCGUGAUUGUUUAUGGAAUUACACAAGAGAUCAUGUGCCUUCCCCUGCCUUAUUUACUUGUGAUUCUACUGGUCUCCACUGGCGUGACCCUUCCACUUGCAAGCCCCCGGCAACAUAUACGGACACUUUGAGAUUGAUUAUACAGAAAAGAAUUUCAAAACUUGGACAUCUUUAUCCUAUAAUGUUUUUAAAUCUCGAGAAGGAAAAUUAA